GCAUGCGGAGUUGUAUUUCCGCAGCCACCCCGGCCGAAAACCCGGACGGCCCGCCCGACCCAAGCUACCCCGCGCGAGACUUUCUCUCGCGCCGGGGUCCGUGAUUCCUCUGCCCCUUCUCCCUCCUGGCCGCCGCCUCCUCCGCUGCCCGGCCGUCUCCGCCCCGCUCCCACCCACCUCCGCCUCCAACCAUCGCCUCUCGUCACCCCUCCACCCCCACCUACAACCAAAUAAAUCCCCCGCAUUUCCUCGCCUACUCCUCCCAGCCCCGCAAAGCGUCCCGAAUUCCAAGUGCUCGUGGCGGGUGGCAGCCGGCAAUGGAGUUCAAGGUGGUCACCAAGGCCGCGGCGGCGUCGCCCGCGCCCCGGGGAGGUCCAUCCCGUGGGGCGCGGGGCGGCAGCCGCGUCGGCUUUGGCUCGGCGGCGUCCAGGACUCAGGCGCUGCGCGCGGCCAACAACUCCGUGACCCCCGUGACCAAGGAAGAGAGGAUAGAUCGAAGUGAAAUAUUGACCUUGGACGGCAUUAGACACUCUUUGAUUAGACAAGAAGACAGCAUCAUAUUCAGCCUCUUGGAGAGAGCCCAGUUUUGUUACAAUGGUGAUACGUAUGAUAGCAAUGCUUUCCACAUGGAUGGUUUCGAAGGCUCUUUGGUUGAAUAUAUGGUUAGAGAAACUGAAAAGCUCCAUGCACAGGUUGGGAGAUACAAGAGCCCAGAUGAGCACCCUUUCUUUCCAGAAUAUCUGACUGAGCCACUGUUGCCACCUAUCCAGUACCCAAUGGUUUUGCAUUCUAUUGCUGAUUCUAUUAAUAUCAACAAAGAGAUUUGGAAAAUGUAUUUUGAUGAACUUCUUCCAAGAUUGGUGAAAGAAGGAAGUGAUGGUAAUUCUGGAUCCAGUGCUCUUUGUGACACAAUCUGCUUGCAGGCGCUCUCUAAAAGAAUCCACUAUGGGAAGUUUGUGGCAGAGGUCAAGUUUCAAGAGUCUCCUGAAGCUUACAUGCCUGCAAUAAUAGCCCAGGACCGUGAUCAACUAAUGCACCUCCUGACGUAUGAAACAGUGGAGCGUACCAUCGAACAUAGGGUAGAAGCUAAGGCCGAGGUCUUUGGGCAAGAGGUGAAUAUAGGUGCCGAGGACAAUGGCGCCCCACCGAGCUACAAGAUCAGACCCAGCUUGGUCGCCGAACUGUAUAGCUACAGAAUCAUGCCACUAACCAAAAAGGUUGAAGUAGCAUACUUGCUUAGGAGGUUGGAUUGAGUGUGUUUACAACUGCAAACUGCAAACUGGGCAACUACAUCAGUAGGUAUCCAUUUUGGGACAGAUUGGAGGUAUAUACCUUGUUGAUUUUCCCUGCCUUUUCUGUCGCUACGCCCUAGAACAGACGAAAUUAUUCUUGUGGGGUAUAGUUGCAUAUGAUACAAUACAAUUGGGUGUGCCGUUCAUCUCUUGUUUGCAUGCA